AGAGGAGCUUGAAGCUGAAAAUGUGUCCUCAAUGUUUGGAGGAGUGCCUGUCAUUUGAACGGCUGCUGUCUGUCACACACCGGAUGAGCACCCUUCCCUUCCUCCUCUCGGCCGGGUUGGUGUGUCUUCCUUCCGGCUUGCCGAAGAAAGUUGAGGGAGGUUCAGCGGCAACUGGGGCUUUUUACACAAUGGACAGCCAGGGAAGGAAAGUGGUGGUCUGUGACAAUGGGACCGGGUUUGUCAAGUGCGGCUAUGCAGGCUCCAACUUCCCAGAGCACAUCUUCCCUGCGCUUGUUGGGAGGCCAAUCAUCCGCUCGACGGCCAAAGUUGGAAACAUUGAGAUCAAGGACCUGAUGGUAGGAGAUGAGGCCAGCGAGCUGCGCUCCAUGCUGGAGGUCAACUACCCCAUGGAGAACGGCAUUGUCAGAAACUGGGACGACAUGAAGCACUUGUGGGAUUACACCUUUGGCCCGGAGAAGCUCAACAUUGAGUCCCGCAACUGCAAGAUCCUUCUUACCGAGCCGCCCAUGAACCCCACGAAAAACCGGGAAAAAAUCAUCGAAGUGAUGUUUGAGACUUACCAGUUUGGAGGAGUCUACAUUGCCAUUCAAGCUGUGCUGACACUGUAUGCACAAGGCCUUCUGACUGGUGUUGUAGUGGACUCGGGUGACGGUGUGACACACAUAUGUCCAGUGUACGAGGGUUUCAGCCUGCCUCACCUGACAAGACGCCUGGACAUCGCAGGCAGGGACAUCACCCGCUACCUCAUCAAGUUGUUGCUGUUGAGGGGUUACGCCUUCAACCACUCAGCAGACUUUGAGACUGUACGCAUGAUGAAGGAGAAGCUGUGCUACGUUGGCUACAACAUCGAGCAGGAGCAGAAGCUGGCUCUGGAGACCACCGUGCUGGUGGAGUCAUACACGCUGCCAGAUGGUCGUGUGAUCAAGGUGGGAGGAGAACGCUUUGAGGCCCCGGAGGCUCUGUUCCAGCCCCACCUCAUCAACGUGGAGGGUGUCGGAGUGGCCGAGCUCCUCUUCAACACCAUCCAGGCGGCUGACAUAGACACCAGGCCUGAGUUCUACAAACAUAUCGUGCUGUCAGGAGGAUCCACCAUGUACCCUGGCCUGCCUUCUCGUCUGGAGAGGGAACUCAAGCAGCUGUACCUGGAGCGUGUGCUCAAGGGAGAUGUGGAAAAGCUUUCGAAAUUUAAGAUCCGGAUCGAGGAUCCUCCCAGGCGAAAGCACAUGGUGUUCCUGGGCGGAGCUGUACUGGCCGACAUCAUGAAGGACAAGGACAACUUCUGGCUGACCCGGGAGGAGUACCAGGAGAAAGGAGUCCGUGUGCUGGAAAAACUUGGAGUCACCGUCAGAUAAAGCACUGAACGGACAGACCACAUACACACACGCACACACAAAUACACAUACACAAAUGCACUCACACUCACAAACAUGGCAUACACACGAUUCCCCCUCGCCCACAUUGCAGAGUAUAUAUCUAUUUAUCCCUCCUCUUCUUCUCUCCUCUCGGCUCUUGAUCCUCCUAAAACAUCAGAUGGAUUCGAGCCUCCAACUCCCUGCUCUCCUCCUCUCCUCCUCUCUCUCCUCUCCUCUUCCCUUCUUCUCUCCUGGUUUGGGAUUGGCACACACUCUCUCUUGCAAAGCCCGAGAACCAGUUCCACCUUUACACUGCAACCCCCUCCUUUGCCUAAACUAGAAAAUGAAGGGUUAAUUCUGCCCUGCCAGUGUACUUAGGAGUCUGAUUUUCACAGAAUACUGGUGGUUUAACCUCUGCACGUUUACCUGCUCUUAGGUUUUGUUGUGGGUUAGAUUUAGCAGGUAAACUCACCCGCCACUGCAGUGAAAAGCUCCCUCCUUUGAAUAAACCUCUGGAGGGGAUGAAGUGAUGCAAAGUUUCUUGUAGGCGUCUGUAAAAUCACAAUCAGGGUCCACAACAAACAGCCACGGGCCGCUUUCAGCAUCUGUUCCAGGUGAGCGAGAACUGAUCACAUUUUUAUGUCAGUUUUUAUAAACGAUAUCAUGACUUUUCUUUCUUAGGAGAGGGAUGACUUUUUUUUGGUUCUGCUUUUACCUUUUUUUUUUGUUGGAUGUAUGAUUUAUAACUUUUUUCAUUGACUCUGAUUUUUUCUUGUUGCUGUGCACUACUACCAUCUUAGCGAGGAGUGUGUGUCAUGGUAACAGAAGUUCCUCCAUGUUUUGAUGAAGAAUUGAUGCUUGAUUUCAUAAAGGGACAAAUACACAGAGGAAAAGAGCUUGACAUCAGGGGUGUGUGACGGUACUUUGUGGGCUUCGCGGGUGGUGAGACAAUGAUGGGAUGUGGGUGGGGUGGAAGUGAUACUAUUUGUUCCUCAUGCGACAGCCUCGCCUCUGCCUCCUAUAAACAUGAAUGAAUGAAUGGGUGCUAACAGUUGUCGCAAUAUUACAGACUGUGAUGCCUUCAAAGCACCUUAUCUGUCAUAUUCCUUCGGAUCCACCCAAAGCUGGGAGGCAGUCGCAGGUUGACGAUGAAAUAAAUUUGAAUCUUGGCACAGCAGAAAACAGGGGAUGAAAAACGGUUUUAUUGAUGUUGAGACCAUGUUUAAGUUCUCCGGUGUUUCACUCCCAACGGUCGACUUAAUGAUUAUUGGAGGCACUUCUAUUUUAAGUUUGAUAAAUGUGUAUAUUUUUUUUCCUUCUUUCCAUGAACGCCUAUCCAGUGCCAAGCGCAGUUAAUGUUAACUGGAUCUCUCAUGUUUUAUUGUCUUACUUUUUUUUGUCACUGUUUUUAUUUUCCUGUGUUGUUCAUAGCAUAACUGCCUAACGCUGAUUUAAAUAAAGAAAGUGAUUUAUAAAGA